AUGCCAAAUUCCAAAAAAUUCAAGUCAACAGAAAAAGUCAUGCACUAUUACGUUGACCCUCUACUCCAGAAAAGCAGCAUUGGCCCUGCUUACAUUGGCUGCAAUGGGAUGGCAUUCAGGUCAGUGAAGAACAGGGAUGACACAAGAGUAGAUGCCAUCUGCAGCUACAGAGAUGAGCCUUCAGAUCCCACGUUCAACAGAGUGACUGUUUACCAUGAGCUGAGCAACAUGACAAAUGGCAUCACCAAGCUGGGACACUACAACCUUAACAGCCAGAGCCUCUACGUUAAUGAUUAUAAUGAACCAUACACUCUCUCAUUUAUGAAGCCAUCCACCACCCAAAGCCCAGGGCCAACAACAGAGCAGUUUACACUGAACUUCACUAUAACCAACCUCAGGUUCACGACAGACCUAGCGACACCAAAUUCUGCUAAAUUCAAUUCUACAGAGAAAAUAAUGCAAAGUUAUAUUGAUCGCCUGCUUCAAAGGAGCAGCACUGGCCCUGAUUUCACUGGCUGCAAAGUGAUAGCAUUCAGGUCAGUGAGGAAUAGGGAUAACACAGGAGUAGACACCAUCUGCAACUAUGGAAGUGGCUCUCAAGUGCCCAAAUUUGACCGAGCUAAGGUUUACCAAGAGCUAAGGAGCAUGACCAGUGGCUUUACCAAAUUAGGAGUCUAUAACCUGGACAACAACAGCCUCUAUAUCAAUGGUUACAAUGGACCACCUGAGAGAGCACAUCUGGAUGUACCAAGCACUUACAAGUUCAUUUCCACAGAGAAAAUUAUCAAACAUUAUCUUGACCCUCUUUUUAAGAGAGGCAGCAUAAGCCCUGUCUACACAGGAUGUAGAGUGAUGAGAUUUAGGUCUGUGAAAGACAGGGAUGACACUGGUGUAGAUGCUGUCUGCAGCUACAAAAACAACAUCAGCAUUGCCAGCUUUGACAGAGAAAAGGUUUAUCAUGAGCUGAGCACCAUGACAAAGGGUGUCACCAAGCUAGGGCACUACAGCUUGGAGAAGAACAGCCUGUAUGUCAAUGGUAAGCAUCUGCCUGGAUCCAUAGUGGUUGACUGCAAGUGUUUCUUCCAGCCAGAGCCCAGCAUCAACAGGGCUGCGGUUGAAAGGGCUUUUCAGGAUGGGAUUUCACAUGCGACUGGGCUGCGGCUGGGAAGCAGUUACCAGCUGCAAGGAUUCUCAGUAGACAGCUUAGAACUAGCAAUUGAGGCAGCAACUCACAGAACACCCCUCCAAUCUGAGAAAGAAAGCUUCAGAUUAAACUUCAGUAUCACCAACCUUCACUACUCUCCAGCACUGCAGGACACCAAGUCACAGUUGUCCAAAGUGAACAAGCAGAAGAUUGAGAAGGAGCUUGACGUAUUCCGAACUAGCAGCCUGAAGGACUACUUUGUUGGCUGUACUGUUGAGAGCUUUGGGCCUGUCCUUGGGAAAGCUUACACAAGUGUUGCCUCCAUCUGCAAAUUCACACUGCACCCCUCCUCGAGGGCUUUACAAAGGGAAGUAGUAUAUGAGGAGCUGAAACACUUGACGCAAGGGUUCACCAAGCUGGGCCCCAGCUACCAGCUGGACGAGCAUAGUUUGGGUGUUGAUGGUUACUCUCCACUCAAAACAGCUGAGCAGGAAAGAUCUGAUUGUCUUUUGCCUAAGAAGAAAGUCAAACCUGUACCAGGUUCAACAGAGUAUCCUGCAAGAAGCAAAUCUAAACUUCCCCUAGAGCCACUGCUGGGGCCUUGCAGCUCCCCUUCUCUGCUCCAGCCCCAGACCCCAGCCCCAGCCAAGGGACCAGGAAAACUACAUGAGGACCUCCCAGAUCCAGGAUCUGCAAGAGACACAUCCUCAGACACAGCUAGUUCCUCAUCAAGUGAGCACUCCUUUGAGACAAGAACUGGAGCUGUUGUGAUAGAUAUCGGCACGGGGAGCUGUAAAGCAGGGUUUGCCGGACAACAGAAACCCAAGUCUGAAAUCAGCACCUUGGUUGCCUAUCCUUCAGAGCAAUUCCUAGGCUCAGAAAAGGCCGGUCCUCACACCUUCUUCAGGGAGGAAGCCUUGCUUCACACCGAUGUUGACAUCAUUGGGCUUGUGCAGAGCAGCAUCAUCAACUGGGAGGCAGCUGAAAUCCUGUGGCAGCACAUGUUCUACCAUGACCUCAUGGUCCCCCCUGAGGAGCACGCUUUACUCAUCACAGAUCCCCCCCUGAGUCCUAUCACCAACCGAGAAAAGAUGGUGGAGCUGGCAUUUGAGUCACUGAACUCCCCUGGCAUUUACAUCGCCUCACAGUCUGUCCUCUCAGUAUAUGCCCAUGGUCAAACUAGUGGUUUAGUUGUGGAUGCAGGCUACGCCGUGACCCACACGGUACCCGUCCAUGAGGGUUACAGCUUACCACACGCUGUCGAGAGAAUGGAUAUUGCCGGAUCCCACAUGACACAUUACCUGAUGAAGCUUCUCAGGGACUCUGGGUACACGAUCAGUGAAGGGAUAACCCAAGUCAUAGAAGACAUCAAACACAAAUGCUGCUACGUUGCUCCUGACUUUGAAAAUGAGUGCUACCUCCCUAAGGCCACCUACAUGGUGGAUUUCCCCUUACCAGAUGGUCAGACCAUCAGUCUUGGGAAGGAGAGGUUCCAGUGCCCAGAGGUGCUCUUCAACCCCCCCCAGGCACACGGGAUUUCUUACGUGGGCAUUCAUGAGAUGGCCCAGAGAAGUCUAAACAAAGUUCCAGAAGCGGUCAGGGAAAAAAUGUACAAAAACAUCCUCCUGUGUGGAGGCUCCUCUCUCUUUGAGGGGCUAGAGGAGAGGUUUUCCAGUGAGCUCCUCCGAAAAAUGCCCUCUAAUGACAAAAUCAGAGUAUCUGCCAUCCCCUUGAGGAGAUAUUCUGCCUGGAUGGGGGGGUCCAUCCUUGCCUCCCUGAAAAAUUUCCAAUCAUGCUGGAUCCGAAAGGAGGAGUACAGCGAACACGGACCAUGUAUUGUCCAUCAGAAAUGCUACUGA